AUGAUUGACUUUCAACUGUCGCCAGAGCAACUGGCAGUCCGAAAUGCUGUCAGGGGUUGGGCGAAAGCUCACCUUACAACGGCACGCUCGGUAUAUGAGGGUCAAGGUGCCUCGUCGGGAAAAUGGGAGGAUCGCUUCCGCUCGACUCAGCCCAUUUAUGCUGAAGCGGUCAAAGCCGGCCUGAUCAAGGCUCAAAUUCCAAAAGAGCUUGGUGGUGCGGGAGGUCCAUUGAUCGAAGCAGCUUUGGUUGUCGAGGAAUUCUAUGCCGUCGAAACCAGCGCAUCUCUGACCAUCCUCGGGACCGGCCUUGGCUUGACACCAUUGAUCAUGGCUGGAAGCCCGGCCCAACACGAGAAAUUCUUCAAGCCUUUUCUCACAGGUACCGGCACCCCGAUGGCGAGUUUGGUCUUCUCUGAGCCUGGGGGAAGUGCCAAUUUCGCUGAAAAAGGAGCACCUGGUUUCCAGACCAUUGCACGUAUGGAAGGAGAACAAUAUGUCAUCAAUGGUGAAAAGAUCUGGGCAACAAACUGCUCCGGGUGGGAUGAUCGAGGGGCAGAUAUUCAGUGUGUCCUGUGUCGUGUGGUUGGAUCUGCCCCAGCCGAGGACGUCCGUGGUCAGACUGCCAUUAUUAUUGUGACCCGAGAAGACAUUGCCGCGAACGACCCGAGCGCCUAUCAGGUGCUAUACCAUCCCGAGACCAUUGGACAUUCGGCUGUGAACGGCCCGCACCUUCGAUUCAAGGAAUUGCGUGUUCCCAAAUCCAACUUACUGGCACCUCCGGGCAAAGGCGCCGAUGUGGUGGAAAUGACAUUCACAGCUUCAGCAGCUCUGGUGGGCGCUAUGGGCGUGGGCAUCAUGCGGCAGACGUUCGACCGUGCUUUAAUCUGGGCCAAAGCGGAAAAGCGAGGCUCACAGGAGACGAUGAUUCAGAAACAAAGCGUUGCGGACUUGUUGAUCAGGAUCAAGACUCGAUGUGAAGCUACGCGGGCUCUGGUGUGGAAAGCCGCGCAUUGCUUUGGACGGACGCGAUACGGGGCCGAGCUGUGCUACGAGGCCAAGAUCUUCGGUUCAGAAAGCGCCGUUGAGUCGGUCAUGGACGCAAUUAAUUUGGUUGGUGUUUCUGCAUAUUCGAGCAAGCAACCCUUUGGGGACCUUCUGAACGACGCGGUGGUGUUACCAAUUUUCGAUGGUGGUAACGUUGGGGUUCGGCGGAGACAGAUUGAGAGCAUCUUUGCAAGCGAGGGAUAUGACCCAUGGGAGACAACAUUCGGACCAAACCAGUGA